AAUUUCAACAUCCAUUUUUUUGUGGUUUUCUUCAUUCUCUUGAAUAGUAUGAACCCUUCAACAAAUCAACAGCUCUUGAGCGCCGUUGCGGCUCCUAGUGAUCUCUCUGCGGAUAUGCUUGUCAACUUGAAGCAUUGUUCACCCACACUCAAGACCAUUGCAGAUGUCCAAACGCCUAGUGAGGUUGGCAAUGAUUGCAAGAAAGCAGCACUUCGGAGCAAGGGACUGUUGGGAUCUUAUGUGGUAUGUUGGGGAGAGCAGUGCCAAUGGUCCAGCGAGCGAAGUCUCGUCUCAAGUAUCACUUGUUCGUCUGAAAAUGAUGAUCUGCUGGACGAUGACGAAGUUGAUAGACUGGCGCAAGAUUCUGCCCAAACAUAUGGAUCAUUGUUUCAGGAAAGCUUCGCUACGAUUCAUACUGACUUCAAGCCAUUCAUGCCAAAGCGUCAGGCAAGUGUAGCGGGGUUUGACUGCGAUUCUGAUGAUGAAUGAUGAUGAUGAACUGCAAGAAGAUGAAAUCAGAGUUCACACAUCUCCAAUGGAUAGCCCUCCCUCAAAACCUAGGCGAAGCCUUAGCUUCCACUCCGUGGAUUUCUCAGCUGGCGCUGCUGCCUACCGCAAUGAAGAUGCUUCACAUCAUUAUACAAAUGAUGAACGGAUCGCUUGCAUUGCUGAUUUAAAGCUACCUCUACACUGACUGGCAAAAUCCUUUGAUUUUCCUAUACUCUAAACCUCCCUAAUACUAAUUUUGAUUUCAUCCUGCUAGUAU